AUGCGCAGGUGCGUAGUAAUAUCGUCAUGGGAAAGGAUCAUUGAACUGGUCGUUGACCAGGCCAAGACCAUGGCAAUGGUGGCUCGCAACUUCAACAUCCCCGCAUCUACUGUCAGAAGCAUUGCCAACACCUUCAUUCAGGCCAACCGCAUAUCCCAGCUGCCUAGGGGUGGCAGCCGUAUCAGCAGGGUCCAGCAAUCGCAUCUUGACUGGCUCAUUGAGAAUAUGGACGAGUUUGCCGGUCGCCUUUUUGAGUUGCUCACCAACCAGCUGAAUGAGCACUUUCAGAUCCAGCCUCCCCUUUCCCAACGUACUGUGGAUAGGGCCAUCGACAAGCUUACUGCCUAUACACUUAAGCUGAUGAGGGCCGACGCAGAAAGAUACAACGAGCCCGAGCACAUUGAGAGUCGACGACAAUAG